AUGUGGACAGACUCCUUGCCUGUGCAGCUCAGAGCACGAAUCAACGCUCUCAUCAAGGCCCAGCCGUCCAGUGAAGCCAUUCUAUAUGAUCUCUACGACCACUUGAGCCUGCCUUCCGACUCCAAGAAGAGAAAGGUUGUGCGUGCCCAACAACCAAAACAAAAGCAGGCUCUGCCAUCGAACGGCACCGCUGCUGCCAAUGAAACUUCCGUGGACUCGUCUGCUACUUCCACGGCGCCUCCUACCGCUCCAUCUACCCCUGGUGGCCCCACCCAAGUCGAGGUGGUAGAUCCAUACAAGUUGAAGUUUUCUGGUCCCAUCAAUCGUAGCGAGGUGAUCUGUGAGUUGACCAGCUUAUCGUUUACUUCCCCCACUAGGCGUAAGUACAAUCUUGUGUUCCACUUGUUCAUCGGUGCAGAUGGUGUACCGCAGCCUGUGCUUUCGGUGGUUAACCUCGCAACUAAUGUACCUGAGUUCUCCAUUCGCAACCUUCUGGCCUCUAUCAAGCUUUGUGUGCUUUUGCCCAUUCUAGGGAACACCACUGUGUCCAGCAAGAAGGAUACGGGAAUGUUGUGUUUCUGGCUCAGCGAUGAGGCAUCGCUAGAUAAGUCGAAGAACGAGCCCAUUAUCUGCAUCAUUAACUUAGAUGUGGUGAGAAAACAGCUCGCGAAGGACGGAAAGAUCCAUCCCAACGCAGAGACGCAGGUGGCACAUUUGGAGGCCACUAGUGAUGGAAUAAAGCCAGUCAACGGCCUCAUUCUCGAGUUUUUGGAGCGCCAGUUCAACUUGUGUGGAAUCCAACUCGUUAACUUUAUGCCUUCUGCACUUCCUACCAAGAAUGCAUUGACCAUGAACUCAGACAAUGGCGUGGUGAUCUCGCGCUUGGCCAAUAGCAUUAAUGAUCUUGUCUCUGUUAGUGCGUACAAAGGCUCUAAAGAGGGUUCUUUGGUGUUGAUGUCGACCGCUACACAUUCGUACUUGGUAUUUGGCUUCAAGAAACCGGUGAUUAUUGUGGACUUUGCAUCCAUCCGUAAUGUAUCAUACAAGGACAUCACCAAGUUCACAUACACGGUGAUGGUGACGAUACAGAGCGGCGACAACGAGCAGGUGAUGGACUUCAGUAUGAUUGAUCACAACUCAUUUCUGGUGGUGGACGAGUUCGUUCGCUCCAGAAAUAUCGAGGACAGCUCAUUCGACGUCAAACUCAAGGAGAAGGCUACUAAUGAGAAGGGGGAUAAUGCGGCAGAUGACGAAAGCACCGGGUUGGCAGCGAUGGUGGGUAGUGACGACGAUGAAGAGGCAGACGAUAGUUAUACUGGAGAGGCGGAGGGAGAGAGCGACAGUGGCAGCGACGUUGCCGAGGAAUUCGACAGUAAUGUGGAGAGUGAGGGAGAUGAUGAUAUUGGCGAAGAAGAAGGAGAUGGUAUUGAUGUGGGAGCAGAUAAUUAG